UCAACUUUCAACAUGAAGGCCGCAACCAUCUUUCUAGUCGCAGUGACUGUCCUCACUUUAUUCCUGGAAUAUUCCACCGCACGGAAUCCACCAGCAAGCGAGCUCUCCAACACUAAAGGUGACAUCAUCGAAAUUACAGAAUCGUUUAGACAGCUUGUCUACAAAGCCAUUGAUGGCUGUAAAGAUGGUUUGGCUAAUGCACAAAAUAUUGUAGGAGAGGAAUUGCCGAAAGCUACUGGCGAUAAGAAAGUAGCUCUAACUGAUUUCAAUACCUGGCUGUAUGAUUAUUUGACAAUCAUUAUUGAUGUAUUACCAGACCAAAUGAUCGCUGCAAUGGAUAGCGGUUUGGUUGGUGACCUGAAACAGAUUAAAGCUGAUAACGCUAAAGCUAUUGAAGACACCACGGAGUAUAUGGUUGGUUUCAACAAAGCGAUGCCAGAUGGGGAGGUGAAAGAUAAUUUGAAUCGGGCGAUUGAUGGCCAAGUUUUGUAUAACGCGAACGUGGUUGGUGACGCACUUGACGAUUUACUAAGCGGUUUGUAGAUAUAGGCGGAUGAAAUCUUUAUUCCCACACAAAGUAAGAAACGUAACAAACAGAGCAAAAGAAAAAUAAUUUGUGCACUGUAUGCCUAUCUCCUAUCAUAUUAAAUGUCCUAAAAAUUUGUUACAAUACUUAACAGGGCUCUCUCCGUCACUCGCUUC